AUGUUACCAGAGUUUUCCAUUUAAGCUGUUAAAUUGUAAUCUAAUACUAGACAACCUAAACCAGUUAAGGUAAUUUAUUAAAUCAAUUUAAUAGUAUGUACCCCCAAAACCAAAGAGUCCUGCAUCAAAAAGAAGCUGUAUUUUAAAGUUAAAAUAUUUAGCAUCUUAGCAAAAACCUAUUACUAAAGCCAAAACAUCAACAGAUAGACUUACUAGAAAAGGUUCAGAGGAUUUCUAAGAUACCUAAUAAUAGCAGGUUGUCACCAUAGAAGCUCCAUAAUAAAAAAUUAUUAUGAAUAUGGAUGAAAGAUAUCAAUAUUAUGAGAAUGAAGCUAAAAAGAGAUAAAAUGUGAUAGAUGUUUGUGAUGGAGUACAAUUUUAUAAACCAGUAAAACCUGAUGAAAUGCCUAAGCCUCCUAAACCAAAAAAAUAAACAUCUAAAAUUGAUAAUGCUAAAUAAGUUUUACGGACUGAGAAAUCAGAAAAAUAAUCAGUUUCAUCCGAUUUACAACAUUCUCUAAAUUAAUCGAAAUCUCUUUAUAAUCAAACAACUUCAAGAGAGUAGCAAUAAUCUACCUCUACAUUAGUGGAAGAAUUUUAAACACAAUAAAUAGUUGUGGAUCCCAAUUUUUUAGUUUAAGGAGAAGUAGAUGGUUAUUAAAUUGAUGAAAGUUAAUCAUAAAUGUUUGGAUUUGGAUUGACUGAUUAUAUUAAGAAUAAUGUAAGGAUGUUAAUUAAAUAAAUAGAACCAUAAAAAAGAACUUGGUGAAAAAGAUGUUACAAAUGAAGUUAAACCUUAAUAAGAAUCUGUCUAUACAUAUUAUGAUUACUAUCCUCCUAAUGCAAAUGGAGAAAUUCCAAAACCAUUAUUGGAGAGUGUUAAUUAUAUGAAUUACCUAAAAGAGUAAUAAGCCUUAUAAGCUCAACAGACUUAGGAAAUAUAAUAAUAAUAAACCAAAAAUAAAUGA